AAACAUCACCACCUUGUAACCGACUUCACAGCAUUCAACAGUGCUGGUCAGUCAGGCAACGAAGCAGGGCAGACUACUGAAAGAGGGAGUUAACAAACAGGGAAGAGAGGAAGAAAAAAGAUUUCUGCUCGUCCACUUAACAAGGGGAUACUAAUGCACCAACUUGACCGAAACGGAAAAGAAAAAGCUCUGUUUCCUUAUCAUACAGACAUGAGUUUAGGAGCAGCAUGCGUCUUCCUGAGAGGAGGGAAACAUAUUGAAAGAGAGUUGGCUGAAGAUGAAAUUGAAGAGCUGCGUGAGGCAUUUACUGAGUUUGACAAGGACAAGGAUGGGCUAAUCAGUUGCAAGGACCUUGGCAACCUGAUGAGGACAAUGGGCUACAUGCCCACAGAGAUGGAGCUGAUCGAGCUGAGCCAAAACAUCAACAUGAACCUUGGUGGGAGAGUAGAUUUUGAGGACUUUGUUGAACUGAUGGCCCCAAAGCUACUGGCUGAGACUGCUGGAAUGAUCGGAUUGAAAGAACUGAAGGACGCUUUCAAAGAGUUUGAUUCAGAUGGAGAUGGGCAGAUCACAACGGAGGAGUUACGAAAUGCCAUGACCAAGCUGAUGGGGGAGCACAUGUCUCGAAGAGAGAUUGAUACUGUCGUACGAGAGGCAGACAAUAACGGGGAUGGAACAGUAGACUUUGAAGAAUUUGUUAAGAUGAUGUCACGCCAGUGAUGGAAAAGGACUGCUUGGAUAAAGAAUUCCCUCUCACACGCACACCCCACCCUCACACACAGACAAACAAACAUUCACAUACACACUACAAUGAUUUAAACUAGUCAACACAUACACAAAGGCAGAAGUGAGAAAGUCUAUGCAAGUCUCUAAUGCAGUAAUAUAUUUCCACACAUAUAACACAACUGUAAAAUAUUAAUAUUAUUUAUAACAUGAAUGCAAAAUGUACAUGUGUUUUUAAACAGAACAGCAUUAUAGUUUAAUGUCAUUUGUACAUAUAUAUAUGAUGACAUUUUUUUUGUUUUGUUUUUGAAAGUUAUAUAUAUUCUACAAUAAAUUAUAUGGGGAAGAA